UCCUUGAAUGUGACAUAAGAAGACAUGGAAAAAGUGAACGAGAUGCCGAGAAGCCCGUCGUUUGUCGACAUCGACAAAACCCGACGGCUGCGGGACCUGGUCCUGGACAGUAUACAGAGUGGCAGAGAUGUGACAGGAGCAGAGGUGUGCUACCUGGGCGCCAUGACUGGGCACAGCCUGAUGUUACCCCCUAUCAGCAUGUUUCCUCUGGACUUUCAAGAAGACUUGAAUAAGCUGCUGAUUGACCGCUUUAUGCAGAAAACCUUGGAAGAAGCAAAAGUUCUGAAUUGGUGCAGAGUUUCCAGACCCUUGACACCAGUGCCGACCACAGGUGAUGGGAACUGCCUGCUGCAUGCUGUGUGCCAGUACAUGUGGGGGAUCCACGACCGAGACCUGACCCUCCGCAGGCUGCUGAACCGUACCAUGGUGGCUGACAUGACGGAGGACAUGAAGAGACGCUGGAAUCGUAGCUGUAAAUCUCACAACCAGCAUGUGGACCUGGAGUAUGCUUCAUUGGAAUGGAAGCAUGAGUGGAACAUUGUGGUUUCAAUGACAGACCCAACACCAAACCCUCCUGAGGCCAAUGACCUCCCCUACAAGUCCCUUGAAGAGUUCCACAUCUUUGUUCUGGCCAAUCUCCUUCGUCGACCAAUCAUCAUCCUUGCAGAAGAUGUCCUGCACAACUACGAGGGCCACACCUUCGCUCCGAUCCACUUCAGCGGAAUCUACCUUCCCUUACGUUGGAAGCCUGAAGAAUGUGUGCGGUCUCCCAUCAUACUUGGGUACCUGCAGCAGCACUUCACACCCUUACUGAGCCAAGAGGAGGCCCCAGCACCGAUAGGCCUGGCUACAGGGGAGUAUGCUGUCCCUCUGGUCAAACAUGACCUCACCAUGCUGACAGUUCAGUUUCUGCUCGAGCAUGAGGAGAACCAGGCUAAAGAGCUUCUACAGAAGUACCUGGAUCUGAUGGAGCUGCCGUAUACAAGAAAGGAGUCCAUCUCCAUGGUUCUGGCAGCCAAGCUGAACCUAAAUCCUCCUCCUGAGGAGCAAGAUCUCAUCAAAGACUUCUUCCACGCAAUGGAGAAGACUUACAAGAAGCCAGAAGAAGUACAGGAAGGUGGAGAGGCAGACAAACUGGCUCAAAACAAGUUAGAACCACCAGCAGUCAACAAAGAGAAAGCUGAAGCUGGAAAAGAAGCAAAAAUAUGUGAUGCUCCUGGCUGUGAAAUGUAUGGGACACCUGAGCAAAACGGACUUUGCGCAGCAUGUUUCAGAGAGAGUAGAGUCUCCAAGAAGCCACCAGGACCAGCUGAAGCUGCAGUAUUGCCAGCUGAUGAUGUUCCAAAUUCUUCCAUGUGGAUGAGGGAGUGCAGGACCCCAGGGUGCCAGUACUUCUGCUCUAUUGCCACUGGAGAAUACUGUCACGAAUGUUAUGAGAAAAUAAAUGGUGAUCAGCGUAGAAGGGAGGUGGAAGUAGGAAGAGCCACCAAGACUGCAAAAGAAGUGCAGCCACCUGCAGGAAAUCCUAACAAGUGCAUCACUGAGGGCUGCAACAAUGACCGCAACUCUGACAAUGAGAACCUCUGUGACGUCUGCUUCGUCUGCUUUGUUACAAAGUCAGGCCAGCCUCCAUCUGUGCAUCCACUCAAGCAAACUGAGCGUGCCUCGAGUCUGGGUAUCAUUCCAACUACUCCACAGCCACUGCACAGCAUUGAGAACAGGACCAACAGUCAGAGUCUGGGCCAUAUUAGUGACUUCACUCCAGCAAAGUGCAUCAUCCCAGAGUGUCAGAGGACAGGCUAUCCCAAAACCAAUGACAUGUGUAAGAGAUGUUACAUUGACCAACAAUGUAGAGCUGCAGGUGCUGUUGCAGCAGCUAUCCCAACUGUGACUACACCUGUCACAGCUGUAGCUGCAGCUGUCACAACUAUGGCUGCAGUUUUGACACACAUCAGUUCAACAUUUACGUCUGCCAAGACAUCUACACCUGGAGGAUCCCCCACCUGCAAGACUGCAGGAUGCGAGAUGUUCGGGGCACCUGGCCAGGAUGGGUACUGCUCUCAGUGCUACCUGAUGGAGUUGGGAAAGAAAUCUCGACCAAAACCAGCCACUAAAAUUGCAGGCACCCAGCAAACUGUGGCCACAGCACCCCAACGACCAGCUGAAGAAGUUUACUCAACUGCACCCAUCAAUGAUGUGACCAAAGCAAGGUAUUUCAAGAAGUGCAAGACAACAGACUGUUUCAGGGUUGAGACAUCCAAUGGUCUUUGUCCUGAAUGUUACACCAAGGAAAGUGGCAAAGGAAGAUUUGCAGUCAAGACUUCAGCAGCAGGGCCAGAAGAACUAGUACUCACUGGUACUGGUGCAGAAGGAGGCUCCAACAACCAGAUUUCAACCCAAAGUGAGACCAGGCCCCCUGGGUUUGAACAGUCUUCUUUUUCAACCGUUCUCCAAGGUCCCAUUGGCCCACAAACUGGAGCAAGUGAUUCUACAAAGUGCUUGAUUGAAGGAUGCCCAAACCUAAAGCUUGAGAACACCGGUGGCAGGUGUUACCGGUGCCUGAAAAAGGUGAAGAUUCCGGCAUCACCAAAACCACCAACACCACAACCAGCUGCAGCUCCCAGCAGCACUGCAGAGCCACCUCCUGCAGCUCCUACCAGCACAGCAUCUGCUGCAUUUGCAGGAGAUCCUCAGCCUGUUCCCUCUCUUGUUGAAAGGAAGCAGUGUCCGGCACCUCAUUGUGAUGCUUACGGAGAUGCCAUGUACAACAACCUCUGCUCCAAGUGUUACCACACCCUCAAGGAGUACCACAGCAAGAAGCCUGCUGCCUCAGCAAAUCCUCUACCCAAUGGUCCUUAUCACUCAUCUGAGGAACUGCCAGCCAACACCAUCAUCACAGCAGGAGAACCACCAGCAUCAUUAUCAUCAGAGUCACCCACAACAGCUGAUGAUAAUGAUGACCCACCUCCAGCAUAUUAUGAUGUUGUGUCCUCACCACCAUCGCUGCAACAGCAGCCUACUGAGGUGGCAUCAGCUGGAACCUCCACAGUGAUGAAUGUCCACAUGGACCUGCAGGUCUUGCAGGAGAAACAACAAGAACGUAGGGUCAUCACUGCAAACCAUUCCCCCAUAAACAACCACGAGGAACAGAAAGAAAAGUCCCUUCCCAUUCCAGUCACUAACAAUUCCAUCCACACUGGCAGGGCUGCUGAGAACAAGGAAGGCGACCGGAUCAUCUUGCAUGAGAAAGUAGAAGAAGUUAAUGCUGCCAUAUGUGUGGAUGGUGCUCAACAGGUAGACAUGCAAAUGGAAGCUUUGUCAAAUAUGUCAGCUGAAGCAUUUACUCCCACAGCUGGAAAUGCACCUCACUUUGGAAGGGGUCCUUGCCCAUCACCUAAUCCAGCAGAAGAGAUGCCGAUAAACAUGGAGCAAGAGAGCACAAAGUUACUGAGGCCAAGGGAACCAGAGAACCAGGCUCCACCUCCAAAGCGAUGUGCAUAUGCCUAUGCGUCAAUUUCAAGUGAUGAUCUAUACAGGUCAUCUGCCUCCAACACAAAUGUUACUUCAGAGGCCCUUUGCAGCAACAGCCCAGUAACAUCUGACGUUCCAAGUUCCAAACCAAAGGAACUGGUAGCCUCGAGUGAAGAGGAGAGCAGCACACCUCACUCACUUGAAGCUCCCAGCAGCAACUCAGAGCCACUUGCUUCCAGCACUGCAGCUUCUGCUGCAUCUAUGGGAGAUGCACAGCCCAUUCUACUGGUUGUCAACCAGAAUCAAUGUCGAGCACCUCACUGUGAUGCCAUUGGUGAUGCCAGGUUCAAUGGUCUCUGCUCCAAGUGUUUCCACAUCCUAAAGGAGUACCAUAGCAAGAAGCCUGCUGCCUCAGCAAAUCCUCUGCCCAAUGGUCCUCAUCACUCACCUGAGGAACUGCCAGCCAACACCAUCAUCACAGCAGGCCAUGGGGCGUCAGUGGUCGUGACUCCUGGGAACGUCACCAUGCCAACAGAGGAAGGAGGUACCGUGUCAGUUGCCAGGACAACAACACAACUCCCUGUACCAGACGAGCCACAGCCACCAUGUGUGAAUGCAGCCCAGGGAUGUGAGAUGUUUGGCACUAAAGAACAGAUGGGAUUCUGCUUCCGGUGCUUCUGUGAGCACACCAGCCAGCAGGCAGGGCAGCCUCCUGUCAAUCAUCCACCCCAAACACCUGUCAAUCAACCACCUCAGCCAGCCAAUCAGCACCAAGGGGAGACACCACUGUGGGUUUUGGCUGAAGUUGCAGGUGCUUCACACUAUGCUGCCCGACUUCCACGACAACGGUGUAUCGCUCCAGGAUGUGACAUGCACGGUGAGCUUGAGAACCUCAACAUGUGCUUCAAGUGUUACAUGCGCCACAUCGCCGAAGUCCACCGUGCUAAGGACAUCGAGGCACACAGGGCAAAAAAAUUGUCAGAGCUCAGAGCUUGA